AAAGACAGCAGAAUUGUAGGGAAGAAUAAGCAGUGAUUUCAUUUCAUUCAAUCUGCCUUCAAUGUUGCUUGCAGCACUUCUUAAAUAGUGCGGCUCAUUCCUUACAAUCAUUGAUCAAAUAUUCUAACCUAGUACACCUCAUAGGACAGCACACACAAGAUGACAAAACUGUCAUGUGCACAAAUUUACAUGUUGAUUCUCCUUUUUUGAUGAUUAGUACUAGGAAGCUUCCUUAUUGAUAUUACUAGCAUGCUUGCUGUCAACAAAUACAAUAAAAAUGCUUAUUUUUAAAGGUAUAAAAAACAAUUUUUUCUAUAAUUUUAGAUACCCUACUUUGAAAUCUUAGAUUCAUCAAUGGAGUUUGUAAAUGAUGAUUCAUGAUUGGACGUAGAAAUAAACCUUAAAAAGAUUUGCUCAAUUACUAUAGGUCUAUACUUAGCCGUUUAUUUGGUUCGCCCAGUAAAUCCCAACACGAUUCGGCAUCGGGUUGGCUCUGGGCAUACAUUGAUUUUCUUUCUGUGCUUAUAAUUAAAAAUAAAUAAAUACACUCCGUACCCAAAACUAAUCAUAACCACAUUUGGUGGGAAGAAAAAACCGAGUUAGCAACAAUACACCACCCAACUCAGCUCACCCAUUGCCGAGCAACUCAGUUCCUUCAACAUGGAAACCCUAAACUCCGAUUUCACAAAUUCCCCAAACAAACGAUUGAAAACGGAAACCCUAACCCUAGAACCUUCAAUUCCGUCCUCAUUUGACAAAGGAAAAGCUCCGAUUAUUGCCGACAGUGACGGCGGAAGCGAUUAUGGUUGCGAAUCGCCGGCGAAUUCGACGCCGGAUAACUGCGGGAUUUGCUUCACGGAGGAGGGGAAAACCAUCAGAGGCUUGAUUGAUAGCUGCGACCAUUUCUUUUGCUUCCUUUGUAUUAUCGAGUGGUCGAAAAUCGAGUCUCGUUGUCCAUUGUGUAGAGGGAGAUUUAGUUGUAUUCGCCGUGUGAGGAAGGACGGGAGCUUUAUUGGUGAAAGUUCUGUUCGGGUGCCGGUCCGUGAUCAGAUUUAUGAUCCUUUUGGGGAACCAGUUGACCCAUAUGCACAAGCAAAGUGCUCUGUUUGCAAUGGUACGACUGAUGAGUGCCUCCUUCUUCUAUGUGAUCUUUGUGACUCAGCUUCACAUACUUUUUGUGUCGGCCUUGGUGCUACUGUACCCGAGGGUGAAUGGUACUGCCGGGACUGUGCUCUUCUACGGGCUGAGCAGCUUGAGGUUGAAACUGGGGAUAAUAUUGUUACAUCUGUUGUUUCACAUGAUGUUGAUGAAUCGCCAUCAACUUCAGCUUCAGUCUCAAUAUUUGAUAUUGUGAGAGACCCGAUUGAGUCGAAGGGCCCUGAUUCUGGUACCACCAGGCUUCGCAAAUUGGUCUCUCAUCCAACACAGUUUUCUUCCUCAGCUAUUGUAUCUGACCAGCCAAAUAGUGCAUCUGCAAGAAGCGUACCUGAUGGAAGAGGUAAUUUGCAUCCUCCUGUUGAUAUGUCGUCGAGUGUUAGGACACUGCAGAAUUGCCGAAAGGCACACAGGCAUAUAAAUGUCUUACGCGAGAAUUGGGGUGCUUUUAGAACUGGAUCCUUGAGCUUCUCUUUUCCCAUUUCAGACUCCAGUAAAGCUAGUCGAAAACAGAAUGUAGUUGGGACAAGUGCAGAAAGAUCUUGCGAAUUGCAAUCAUUUUCAGCUAAGAGCUCCUUGCAAUCAAAGGCAAUAGACAGUUUGCAAGACUCUUAUAAUGUUGACAGAGCUUGGAAAUUGAUGAGUAAAGCAAAGACGGUACUGAAAACUGCCAAGUCAAAAAGUGACUCUAAGAUUUCUCAAAACAAAACGCAUAGUUUGAAGAUAGAUAAAUUUGUACCGAAGUCUGUAGCGUCUGGAAGAAAGGAUCUAAUGUCCCUUAGAUUAGGCAAGCAAAAUCCUACUGAUAAGGGAAGUAGGACGCAUGCUGAGAGUUCUGGAAAGCAUCAGUUUACUAGUUUUACGUCACUAGCUGCUUGUACCUCUGGCAGCAAGCAUCAGAAAUCUAGUGUCACUAAGUUAUGUAUGCCUAGAGAAGUAAAAUCUGCUUCAAAAGCUAGUAUACAUAACAACAGUUCAUGCUUUGAAUCUCCCAAUAAGCUGCAGGGAGGACUCUCUAAUGUUCUUGAUGAUGGCUCUGCCUGGUCAGCCUCUUCAUGUGGGCCAACAGCAGGGGGUUCUGAUGUAUCACGACUCAGAUUGCGGAGGAGGGAAUUAUCUCCUGUUAAACUAGCUGUCCCUUUGAAUUUGUGUACAUCCAGCAAGCAGAAGCUACAAACAUCAGUUCAAGCUGAUAUACGUCAUGAUGAAACUGGCUUAACUUCGGAUGCAAAUCUAAGAAGAGGAUUAUCAAAUGAUUUUGAUGAACAUAAUGGUUUUGCUUGUUCAACAUCUUCACAUGAGCUUAUAGUGGGUGACUCUGAUGCAUUUCAUGUCAAGUUAGAAUCCAAGAAAACAUCUGCAUGUCCUGGGAAAGUUGGAUCUAAGCUCACAAGCAGGGUUACUAAGGAUGACGAGGCAAAGGGUGAGAUACAAUCCCUUGUCAAGCUUAACCUGAAGCUCCUUUGUAAAGAUAAACGAUUAGGCGUGGAUGCAUUUAAGGAAAUAGCGAGACUUUCAACACAUACAAUUUUGGCUUCCUGUGGUUUGGAGCACCGGAAAAUAGUUGGUUCCCUGCCAACAUUUGUAUGCCAUCAUGGUAAUCAAACUUCGCAACUCCACAGAUCUGCAAUAGUGCCUAGUUCUUGUAGGGAAUGCUUCUAUAUCUAUGUCAAAGACGUAGUUAACUCGAUCAUGUCUGAGAAAUUGAAUACUACUUAAUUUGUAUCUUGAGAUUUUGUAAUAUUAGAUCCUAUAUUGUUCUCGUCAUUGUAUGUUUUUAUCUGUACUUGUUGUAUUUGUGUGACCAAAAAUAUUGCAGAAAAUAAAAUGAAUACAUAUUAGCUUGAUAA